GACCGUGUCUCGAGAAGCAUGUCGUUGCACUACCCGCAAGGAUAUCGGUACCGAUCCGCGGCGAAGGCUGCUGGAACAGGUAACAGCGAACAGGGCUCCGACAGCGACGUGGCCGAACUCAGCGAUCUCGAGGACGACGAGGACGAGGACGGGGGCGGCCAGUCGAUCGUGAAACGCGUCGUCGCCAAACGGGAGGACGACGAGGACCAAGAAGACGAGGAGGACGAUGACGACGAUGACGACGAGGACGAUGAGGACGACGAGGACGAAGAGGACGACGAGGAAGAGGGCGACGAGCUACCCUAUCCUGGUUUCGUGCCGGUUGUUAUGCGAUACCUCGAUCAGAGUACACGACCGCGCAACUGGUGUCUGGCGCUCAUCACUAAUCCGUGGUUCGAAAGGGUGAGCAUGAUGGUGAUUCUCUUGAACUGCAUUACACUGGGGAUGUAUCAGCCGUGCGUGGACGAUCAAUGCGUAACGAAUCGUUGUAAAAUAUUACAAAUGUUCGAUGACAUUAUUUUCGCCUUCUUCUCUCUGGAAAUGACAAUCAAAAUGGUCGCGAUGGGGAUAUACGGCAAAGGAACCUAUCUCGCGGACUCCUGGAACAGGCUGGACUUUUUUAUCGUCGCGGCUGGUGCUUUGGAAUACUGUUUGAACGUGGAGAACAUGAAUCUGUCAGCCAUAAGAACAAUUAGAGUCCUGAGGCCUCUACGAGCCAUCAACAGAAUUCCAAGUAUGAGGAUACUGGUGAUGCUUUUACUCGACACGCUUCCGAUGCUGGGCAACGUGCUGCUCCUGUGCUUCUUCGUCUUCUUCAUAUUCGGUAUCGUCGGCGUCCAAUUGUGGGAGGGCAUCUUGCGCCAACGAUGCUUCCUGAAGGCUCUACCAAACGUCAAAUAUCCCGAGUUACUCUCGGACGAGUACUCGGUUCGAUCACGCAUUUACGAUCUCGAGAAGUACUUCGAAUAUCAAGGUCAGGACUACAUUUGCUCGCGUCCCGACGACAACGGAAUGCACUCUUGUAGCAACUUGCCGCCCCUCAAGUUGGGGAACGUGAUUUGCAACAACACUGCGUUGCCGAACAAUAACGCAACGUUUAUCACCAACGACACCUGCGUUAAUUGGAAUUACUAUUAUACGGAGUGCAAGGGUCAGGGUAACAAUCCAUUCCAAGGAACAAUAUCGUUCGAUAAUAUCGGUCUUGCUUGGGUCGCAAUAUUUCUUGUAAUCAGUCUGGAAGGAUGGACAGACAUAAUGUAUUACGUGCAGGAUGCCCAUUCCUUUUGGGAUUGGAUAUACUUCGUUCUAUUAAUUGUGAUUGGCUCCUUCUUCAUGAUAAAUCUGUGCUUAGUCGUGAUAGCAACUCAAUUCUCAGAAACGAAAAAACGGGAAAUGGAACGAAUGCGUUUGGAGCGUGCUCGUUUUCAUUCCACGUCAACCCUUGCAUCCUCGACGAACACUUCGGAACCAACCACAUGCUACGCAGAAAUUGUUAAAUAUAUCGCGCACCUGUGGCGACGAGGAAAGAGGAGACUAAUGAAGAGGUACCGACUAUAUUUAUACAAAAAGCAGCAGAAACGCGAGCAGAAUUUACUUAAGGAACAGCAACAGCACGGACAUCCGUUCCGAGGAAGCGCAGCCGGCUCUGGUUCAAAUAGAUUACCUGGAGACAGGAGACUCCAUCACGGAAGAUGUCCACGGCUUUUGGCAGCGAUCGAGUACGCGGAACAACAGCAGGGGAUCGGUAGCGGCGGUGGAUCGUUUCCAGACUUCACAGCGACCAGCCCUCAGGGUGGAAUUCCUGGCACAGCCAUUGCCAAUAACGGUGGUAGCAAUGGAAACUUGGCCAUUGCGCCACGCGCGAGCCCUGAAGUUUCCGAAGCAGACGUGUCAACAAACGUGUGCCAUCGUAUGGCACUUCAUCGAACUUCCUCCGUGUCUUGCAAUGGAAGCGACAACAUCCUCUCCAACGCGACCGAGGCGAGCAUACAGACAAACAACGCUCUGCUCAGUCCGCCUUGCACACACUAUCGCAGAAGAAGCAGCGUGAUGUUCAGCGACGUGGUGUUGCUGCACGGGAGCAACAAUGUUGGAAACGCGUUGCAAACUACUUCGAUGGUCUCACCUGGUGAACGCAACGUGUGUUCCAGCGAGAAAACAACACAGACUGGCGACGGUAAUGUCUGGUCGAGUCCACUGGCUGAUCACAUACAGAUGCAGGCCGAGCUGGGUGGAAGCGAAGCUAUGACCUGUCAGGAAUUACUGGCGCUAAGCGGUGCCCUAAGUGCUGCACUGCCAACAGGCCAGCUGGCAUUGGAUUCCUUUCUGAAUUCUCUAACGAAAGGCAUAAGGGAUCGACAUAUUACUCUGGAGGAUCGUACACAAUGGCUGGCGACGGAUAUUGAUAAUUGUUCCUGUUGCUGCGAACUGCAGGGCGGCACUGAUCAAUGGCCAGACGAGGGCGACAAGUGGGCGAACUCGUCGCGCGCGAAAAGGUUUCUAAGAUCAUGCGGAUAUCGUUGUAUCAGCGUGGUACGAUGCAUAAGACGCUCGAUCAAGAAGCUGGUCGAACACAAAUACUUUCAACAGGGUAUUUUAGUGGCAAUUUUGAUCAAUACUUUGAGCAUGGGCAUAGAAUAUCACAAUCAGCCCGAGCAAUUAACCAUAGUGGUUGAAAUAAGCAAUGUUGUGUUUUCGGCCGUUUUCGCUGUGGAAAUGUUACUCAAGAUAAUAGCGGAGGGUCCGUUCGGUUAUAUCAGCAACGGAUUCAAUGUCUUCGACGGGGUCGUCGUGGUCCUCAGCGUCGUGGAGAUUUUCCAAGCGUUUGUCGAGGAGAGGAGCGGAAGUUCGGGGCUGAGCGUGUUGAGGACCUUCCGGUUGCUGAGGAUCUUGAAGCUGGUCCGUUUCUUGCCGAACUUGAGGCGUCAAUUGUUCGUGAUGCUACGCACGAUGGAUAACGUUGCCGUAUUCUUUUCCCUUUUAGUACUUUUCAUCUUUAUAUUCAGCAUCCUAGGGAUGUACCUGUUCGGGGGUAAGUUUUGCAUGUGGGCGGACCGGAGUCGGCCCUGCACCUGUGCCGAGGUGGUCUCGCGGCACCCAAUGUGUCGCUGUGAUCGCAAACAUUUCAACGACAUCGUCUGGGCACUUGUCACGGUCUUUCAGAUCUUGACCCAGGAAGACUGGAACGUUGUGCUUUUCAACGGGAUGCAGAAAACCUCCCACUGGGCGGCCCUUUACUUCGUCGCGCUGAUGACCUUUGGAAAUUAUGUCCUCUUCAAUCUACUGGUUGCUAUCCUUGUCGAAGGAUUCUCCUCGGAGAGGAAUGAGAGAAGGGAACGGGAACAAAGAGAAAUGGCCAAGCUUGCUGCGAAAGAAGCAGGAAUGGGAAGCGACGAAGGCUCCUCCAGGAUAUCGAGAUCACAUUCGAUCACUGAUAGCGAUACUUACACUCAGGAUCGAAAGAACUCGUGGCAGAGCGCGGAAGAGCUGCGCAAAUACAAAGACAACAACAGCAGAGAAAAGCAAAACACCGUUUGGAAGAAGCAGAUGGACGAGCCAAAGUGCAACAUACAGAAAGAAAAUAAAAUGAUGGGGAGCGCGGGACAGCCGCCCAUAAUCACCCACACAGCAGCCACCCCUCAAGAUUCACCAAACACCACCCUCGACGUCGGCUACAGAGACUUGAACUGUCAAGCUGUUUACCCAACCGCGGCCCUAUCGAUCGAGUCGAUCGAUCGUUCGGGUAGCCAAUGUAGCAUACCUUCGGGAUUGUUGAAACUACCAGACGUCACGAACAAAAUACCAACCAAAAACCUCAUCGCUGGACAGUUUCCCAGGCGAAUAAGUCUCGUUACUGCUGCUGUUAAUCCCGCGACACGAGAAUCGUCCAGUUCCAGUCCACCAAGAAUACAGAGGGGUUAUUCAUGGAAACUAUCGCGGCCAUCUUUGACCAGGAAACGCUGGUCGCAACCGGAAGACGAACCCCUUGGACGAGCCACUGUUUUGAACAACGGUCGAAGCGCUCUUCUCGGUUCUAAUUCAACUUUCAACGGCGGAUAUCUGCACGGUUCGAUACGAAACGACACGCAAAGUGACACGCCAAAUAAUCGAACGACCAUCCUAACCAGCAAUAAUCGUAGCCUCAGUCCUAAUAAUUCCAUUGGAAGUCGUAGCUCUUCCAUACGACGCUAUACAGCGACGCCCAAUCAGAUGCGUUGGAUCGGCGAUCUAUCGCGCAGAAACUCGCUGCGCGGUUACGAGAACGUUCAGUCGCCGACGAGAAAAACCUUGCCUCUGGACGAGGUGCCAAUCCAAUGCUCAACGGCACGUACAGUCAAUAAUUUGUCGAUGGAGACUGGUCCACUGCCUAGAAUUAAACAACUUCCUGAUCAAGAAGACGACAAUCCGCGCACAGACGACCAGGCGCCUCCUUUGAACGGCCACGGAAGCGCGAGUAGUAUCGAGAGAAUUAAAAAGAUCUUCAUGUUCUUCGAACCUAAAGGUUGCCUUAAAGAGCGCGAUGAUUAUUCGCUCUAUCUUUUUCCGCUAAAUAAUAGGUUUCGUGUUUUCUGUCGAAUGUUGGUCGAUCAAAGAUGGUUCGACAACGUGGUCCUCUUUUUCAUUGGUCUGAAUUGUAUAACGUUGGCGAUGGAGCGGCCGAAUAUACCACCAGACAGCGGGGAAAGACUUUUUUUAGCGACAGCGAACUACGUUUUUACUGGAGUGUUUGCUGUCGAAAUGUUCAUCAAGGUCGUUGCAUCUGGUAUGCUGUACGGCUCGGACGCUUACUUUACUUCUGGCUGGAACAUUAUGGACGGAGUUCUUGUGAUCAUUUCCAUUAUCGAUUUAUCAAUGUCUCUACUUUCGUCGAGUAGUCCGAGAAUAUUUGGAAUAUUGAGGGUUUUUAGACUUUUAAGGUCGCUGAGACCAUUACGGGUUAUUAAUCGAGCUCCUGGUUUGAAGCUUGUUGUUCAGACAUUGUUAUCCUCUUUACGACCUAUCGGCAACAUCGUUUUGAUAUGCUGUACUUUUUUCGUAAUCUUCGGUAUCUUGGGCGUGCAGCUCUUUAAGGGUGCCUUUUAUUAUUGCGAGGGGCCUGAUAUACAAAGUGUGCGCAAUAAGACGGACUGCCUAGCCGACAAACGAAACGUUUGGCAGAAUAGAAAGUAUAAUUUCGACGAUCUCGGGAAAGCUUUGAUGUCGCUGUUCGUGCUUUCGUCACGCGAUGGAUGGGUGAACAUCAUGUAUACCGGUCUCGAUGCUGUCGGUGUCGAUCAACAGCCAAUCGAGAAUUACUCAGAGUGGCGGCUGCUGUACUUUAUAGCUUUCAUCCUACUCGUCGGUUUCUUCGUGCUUAAUAUGUUCGUAGGCGUUGUGGUGGAAAACUUUCACAGGUGUCGCGAGGAGCAAGAGAAAGAGGAGCGUGUUCGAAGAGCCGCCAAACGGGCCUUACAAAUGGAGAAAAAACGGCGAAAGAUGCACGAGCCACCUUAUUACACGAAUUACUCGAAAUCCCGGCUCUUCGUUCAUAACGUCGUGACGUCUAAGUAUUUCGACCUAGCAAUCGCUGCGGUAAUCGGCCUGAAUGUUGUUACAAUGGCGAUGGAGUUUUACAUGAUGCCGAAAGCUUUGACUUACGCUCUAAAGAUAUUUAAUUAUUUCUUUACCGCAGUCUUCAUCCUCGAAUCCUUCAUGAAGCUUCUUGCUUUGGGUCUGCACCUUUAUCUUAAAGACAAAUGGAAUCAGUUAGACGUAGGAAUCGUGAUACUCUCGGUGGUUGGCAUUGUUCUCGAAGAAGUGGAGUCGAAAAUCAUUCCGAUCAAUCCAACCAUAAUCCGCGUGAUGCGGGUUUUACGAAUCGCAAGAGUUUUAAAACUGCUGAAAAUGGCGAAAGGAAUACGAGCCCUUUUGGAUACGGUGAUGCAGGCAUUGCCGCAAGUCGGAAACCUGGGUCUGCUGUUCUUUUUGCUCUUCUUCAUAUUCGCGGCUCUUGGAGUGGAACUUUUCGGUCGUUUAGAAUGUAAUGACGAAAUGCCUUGUCAGGGACUUGGUGAACACGCCCACUUCAGUAAUUUCGGUAUGGCAUUUCUGACGCUGUUUCGUGUCGCCACCGGUGACAAUUGGAACGGUAUCAUGAAGGACACUUUAAGGGACGACUGCGACGAAGCAGCGGACUGCGUGAAGAAUUGUUGCGUCAGCACUAUAAUAGCUCCGAUUUUUUUUGUAAUAUUCGUGCUGAUGGCGCAAUUUGUUCUCGUGAACGUCGUUGUUGCGGUGCUCAUGAAACACCUAGAAGAGAGUCACAAACAAAUGGAGGACGAGCUCGACAUGGAGACGCAGCUGGAAAGGGAACUAGCCGCGGAACAGGAAGAGCUGCUGGAGGUGGAGGAAGAGGAGGAUGAGGACGACGUUGAGAAACGAGAGAGAGAUGGCGAGGAUGUAGGGGACGACGACGACGUCAGAGAACGCGAAUCCAUUUUAGUGACGAACGAGAAGAUCCCGGUGAGCAGGCCCGGCCUCGCCAAAGUCCGUUCCUUGCCUGCGAAUUUCAUUUACAAUCCACCGCGAGAGAGAAGUACAGAUGAUGGAUCCUCCAUGUCAUUGUCGCGUCGCAGCUCGUAUCAUCGUCCUAAUUCGAGACCGUCCAAGUUCAAGUCAAAGCGUCGACAAACAUUUCAUUCGGGCCAUCAGCAAAGAAGAUCCUUACUGCCGAUGCACUUCGAGGUCGCUGAAGUUUUCGAGAAGCCUGUGAGCAACCUGAGCGUUCCUCGAAUUAUCUCACAGCACACCUACGGCACGGCCAAUCGUGAUCACGUGCAACGUCAACGGUUACAGGCAACCAGCGAGGCGCAAGAGAACAAGUCCCUGUUGAGCGUGUGCAAGUCACCACCGAUGACUCCGGCCGGUUUAACGUGCCCAAAACUGAGCAGCGAACGUUAUCUUCUGCCAACGGCCAACAUUUACCCGUCCAAGGCAACGUUAAGUCGCAGAGCAUCGAGCGAUACGCAAUCCCAGCCGGAGGUUUACGCCGGAAACGACACGUCGAAGAGCACGGGGAAGUCGGAGGAUCCAAAGAUGACGGACGAUCUCGACGUGCAGUCCGUUAUUAACGAAAGGAGACCGUCCAAGCUGAAGAGCGGAAGUUCGUCGGUAGCGUUGAGCAACGUGGCGGAUCAAUACGGUCCAUCGAGUCGGGCCGGAAGCUACGGGCGCAUCUACGUUGCCGAGGAGAGGUGCGAUGAGCCAUUGCCGAUCUCUGGUAGCAAUAUAAGCGAUAGCGCCGUGGUCUACGUGCCGGAAACCGUUUGCGCCACCAUUGGCUCCGAUGUCAGAAUAUACGUGGACGAUACCGACUCGACGAGCAGCAACAAUCAUCGUAGGAGGAUGUACAGCGACGAGACACCGGAUGCAUCGACAAUGGUAUCCUCGAUCGCGAAAACGCGCGAGGAAACUGACGAGACGGAAGUGGACGAAGAGAACAGGUCCGAGAGAUUCGAUAGACCGUCGGAUCCUUCUUAAUCGAGGAAUAGAAACAUCGUUCUUCGCGUUUGAAUGGUUCAAAAAGGUAUAAAUUUUUAUGCAACUGUUAGCCAACCAUGGUAUCCACGGCGAAGUACCAUGGAGAGUGCUGCGGAGGGUUCAACUGCUGGGCUCUAAGAAAGACUGUAGUGCAUGACAAUAUAGUCGUUAUAUUCUAGUCACUUCGUCGCCGUGAAUUUGCCAAAAAAAAGA